AUGGGCAUGUUUUGUGGAAUGUCUGACUCCUGCCUGAAAGGUCGGAUGUUCGAAUUCUUUCUGAGCCGUUUUGAUAUUCUUCUACAGAAAGAUCAGAAUCAGAUGCCGAACGAUACCGAAUUGUUGCCCACACUGGGCCCGCAACUGGUUGCCAAAUUUGACAAGAACUUUUGCAGUCGAGACCCGACUGACCUUGACCCGAGUGACCUUGGCAAUGAUCCGGAGCAAUCUGUUGGGGUUUGCAAAUCAUAUCUUACUCAAGACUCUCGAGACCACGGGCGAAUUUACUCUAUUGAUGAAUGCAUCAAGAACAAAUUACGUUUGUAA